AUUUCAUUAUCCCCUCUUCUUGUCCCUCGCCUCUCUCGCUCAACAACUGCAGGUUCUUUCGAUUUGCAGGAAAAAGGUAGAGAAUUUGCAGCGAUGGCUCCAAAGACACCGCGAGUGACCAGGAACCCGGAAUUGAUCCGGGGAGUGGGCAAAUUCUCCCGUUCUAAGAUGUACCACAAGAGAGGACUCUGGGCCAUCAAGGCCAAGAACGGCGGCGCCUUCCCUCAACACGAGAAGAAGCCAGUCGAAGUUAAGCCUUCUGUCAAGCCACCCAAGUUCUAUCCCGCCGAUGAUGUCAAAAAACCCAUCGUUAACAAGCGCACACCCAAACCCACAAAGCUAAGGGCUAGCAUUACUCCAGGAACAGUGUUGAUUAUAUUGGCUGGACGAUUCAAGGGAAAGAGAGUUGUGUUUCUGAAGCAGCUUGCUUCUGGGUUACUUUUUGUCACUGGGCCAUUCAAGAUCAAUGGUGUUCCACUGAGACGUGUUAAUCAAUCGUAUGUGAUUGCUACCUCUACUAAGGUGGACGUAUCUGCUGUGAACGUUGAUAAGUUUGAUGAUAAGUACUUUGCAAAGAAAACUGAGAAGAGGAAGAAAAAGGUUGAAGGAGAAUUCUUUGAGGAAGAGAAAGAGGAGAAGAAUGUCUUCCCACAGGAAAAGAAGGAUGAUCAGAAAACUGUGGAUGCAGCUUUGCUACAAUCUAUCGAAGGUGUUUCAGAUUUGAAGGCAUAUCUUGGUGCCAGAUUCUCGCUUAAGGCUGGCAUGAAACCUCAUGAUCUCGUAUUUUAGAGGGGAAAUGUUAUGCCUUGGUCAUUUAUCCUUUGUUUUUCUUUCUUAUCUUGUUAGCUUUUAUUUGAUUGAUAUAAUGGAUUUCAUGUGAAGUUUUGUGGUCUGAGAUUAUAACAUGGAACUGAGUUUCCUUCAGGAUCUUAAGCUUAUUUCUGAGGUAUAAUAUUGAGAGGAUUUUGUCA